AUGUAAGAGUUGGAUUUCUUGAGGAUUCAGAGGGAAAGUCAGAAGUUUUUGGAGAUCGAUAAUAUCUUCAACAGAUUGGCGUCUAGUUUUGUGGAAAAAAUAUUUGCUCUAUUCAAAGAGAUUUUCCAAUAAGAACACACAUACACGAUCUAAGAAUUGUUGAAAUUGGCAAUCUAAAAGGAGAUUCCCUUGAAAGAUUUUAAGUUGGCAGAACAUUACAAAUUGAAUUCAAGCAUUUUUAAGGCAAAUUUACAAAUGAUUGUAAAUGUAGUAAUUGAUGACAUUUGGAGUUCUUACAAUAAAUAAAUCGUACUUGAUGAAAAGAGCAUUGCAGAACCUAGACAGCUCACUCAAAUCGAUGAAGAAUCAGCUGUCGAUUAAUGCCAAAGUUUGAGUGAAACCUCUUUGAUAAAAGACAAAAAGGAAGUAGAAAUUCAAAAAUAAGUUUAAUCUGCUCGAUCUCCACUCGCCAAAUUGUUGGCUGGAGACAAAUCUCAUUAAUUCAUAUCUAUUGGCAGUUCUCCUCGACAUUCUCGUGAGAAUAGUUAAAAUCUGCCCAUCAAACAGCAAAAAUAGGUUAUUCAGAAUUCCAAAAAGAAAAAUUCAUCGUUAAUCAAGAAUAAAAGCAUGGAUCUCAAAAAUCUAGUGGCUGAAGGCAUUCUAUAACCGAAAUCAACAAAUCGAUAGUAGUUAAGUUUAAGUAAUUUGCAUCUGUUGAUGCAGAAGAUGCAGGGAUAAAAAGAGAAUUUAAAAUGA